GCGUGAACUCGCCACUGGCACUUAAUAAUUGUGUUUUCUUAUAGCUUCCAGUGGAUUGCUUUUAUUAUAUUUUUUUGAUCCCGCAUACUACAGAAAACUCUCAUACAGAAGAUGGCAGACGCAAAAGUAGAUACCAGUUCAGAGAUUUCCACCAAGGACCUAAAAGAAAAGAAGCUCGUGGAGGAAACAGAAAAUGGAAAGGAUGCACCUGCGAACGGAAAGGCAGAGAAUGAGGAGAAUGGCGAACCAGAAGUAGACGAUGAGGAAGAUGAAGACGAAGUAGGGGAGGAGGAAGACGAGGACGACGAUGGCGACGGUGACGAAGACGACGAUGAAGAUGAACUCGAGGGCGGGACAAAGCGGGGAGCCGAAGACGAUGAUGAUGAUGAGGACGAUGAGGAUGAUGUUGUAACCAAGAGGCAGAAAAUUAAGAACGAUGACUAAGAUGUCCCCACUCUUGUGGAACCUCCACCCACCCACCUACCCACCACUGCUCCUCCACCUGUGUGCGGGGGCCCAGAUGUGUGAGGUCUGCGGGGGGCCGAAGCCGUGGUCAUCAUGAGUAGAGUUCAACGACCGAGUUCACCCACCCAACUGCAAAUUUUUUAAAGAACCAACCGACUUCAAGGCUAUAACCUUUCAACAAAAUACUUUAAAAGGAGAAUUUGUUUGUAUUUUUAUUUACAUUUUAUAUUUUUGUACAUAUUGUUAGGAGGUCAGCCAUUUUUGACCGUGAUCUCUGGUGACCAAACGGUGCUUUGAAGUUAAUGCUUCUCUAGAAAAUCAAUUUUACUUAUUUGACCAUGUCGCAUAAUCUCAACUGAAAACUGUAUAAAUCGUAAGGCCGUUGAAUUCAGAGCAUUCCAGUAAAUUUGUGUAUGUACUUUAGUUGUACCAUAACUAGACUUGGUUUGUAUGGGAUGGCAAGGCCAAAGAAAAGGAGUUCUUUUUCUUUUCUUUUUUUGUCUACAAAAUUGUUUAUUGUGGCCUGUUUGUAUGUGUGAAGUUUGUUGUCCAACAAUAAACCGGAAUUUUAUUU